AAACCCAAAACGUGAUUCAAAUAUGGUUGACAGCAAGUUUUCGGCCCUCCCGGCUCAGCUUAGCAGCGAUAGCGAUGACAGUGACUACUCUCCUCCUAACAGCAGAAAAGGAGGCACCCCUAGGCCUAAAAGCUCUUCUUUCAUUGCUCUAAAAGACGCUGUCUAUCAACUAACGUGCCUCAAUGACUUCACAAGGGAGAAGAUAGGCCAAGGAUUUUUUGCUGAAGUUUUUAAAGUUACUCAUAAAAACACUGGGGAGGUUAUGGUGCUGAAACUAAAUAAAUCCCGCAACAACAGCAAGCAAAUGCUAGCAGAGAUACAGCUACUGAACCGUCUGUCACAUUCAAAUAUACUAGGAUUCAAAGGAUCCUGUGUCCAUGAAGGCAGUCUCCAUGCUUUGACUGAGUAUAUCAAUGGUGGUACUCUUGAAGAGCUGUUAAGCAGUGAUCCCCAUCUCUCGUGGAGUAAGAGGAUAAAGAUUGCUCAUGACAUUGCCAAUGGAAUGGCAUACCUCCACAAUAGAGGAGUCUUUCAUAGAGACCUGACAUCAAAAAAUUGCUUGAUACAAAAGAGUGACGACGGCUCGUUAAACUGUGUUGUAGCUGAUUUUGGAUUGGCAGCAAAGAUAAAACAUAAAAGGUAUAACAAAAACACACACGCUCUCUCUUCUCUCUCUUUUAUUCAAUUACUGCCCUGUUGACACCUGCAUAGUCACCCUCUCUCAUUCCUUUUCUGCUGCUGCUUAUAUCUCCAACUUUUCUAUCACUCUCACUCUCACUUCCUCUCUCUCUCUCUCUCACUCCAUCUUUAUACAUCUCUUGUAUCCAACACUGUGUCACUAUUAAUCUUCUUCUCUCUCUUUAUUUGCUGGUUUUGUUUAUUCUUGUUCUCUCCUUGUGACCACCCUAGCGGUCCUAGCCACACUAACAUACCUUAAAGACAUGAUCAACAGUGUCGACAUGAUCAGUUAG